UCUGGAACAGAAUUUCAGUGCUUUCCGCCGAAACCCGACCGUGUAGCGAAUGAAUAUGUGUGUGUAUAAAAGCUCCAGAAGAUGCAUAGAGGUUUCCCUUCUUUCUUCUCUUCCUUUCAACGCUGUUCUCAACAGCGAGUUGUUCGCUGUUCACGUCGCGCCUGAUAUACAUCCUAUACCCUAGCUAGCAUCUACUGUCGAACUCUAUAAUUCGCACAUUUUCAGCUUGUGUUGACAUCCCCACCGGUUGCGCAUUCAUCCGCAGAAACCCUCUGCUCACUCACGACGACUGCAAUGCUCGCUCAUGAUACGAGUCCUCCUCGGCCUGCUUUUUUCAACGAAGGGAAGGGCAUCAAUUCGACGAAAUCUAAUCCAUCCUCUCUCAAGUCCUUUUCGAUGAAGGGAAAAAUCUCAUUUAUCACUGGGCUCUUGUCAAGAUCCAGCUCGAAAAUCGACAUUCGUGAAAGUGCCUUGGGAACUUCGUCUGAUGUUCCGGAGGUGAACGAAAAAGUCGAUUCAGAAAAUCUAGUUUCUAAGAGUGUGCAACUCGAGCCUGCAACACCUGUCGAACGGAAGAACGUUGCGCAAUUAAACACUGAUCGUUUACCUCGCUCGACCAAAAUUGCAAAGCGGCUCUCUACUACCUUCAGGAAACCUUCUUCGCAAAGUCUACAACAUAGCUCUCGGGUUCCUGUCCCUUCAGCUCACUCUAGACAGCUUCGCGAAGCCGCUCUCCGUGAGAGAGGUCUCCUUCCACCCAAAGAUAUGAGUGCCCUGGAACGUGAGCAGGAUAAUCUAUUACCGCUGUCUCCAAUCCCACAAGCGGCAUACGCUGAUGGUCCAAGUGAAGCGGAACGGAUCAAGCAAGCUUGGGAGGUUAAGAUUCAGUCAAAUGACCCAGCAGACUCUAAGUGGUCGCCUAGCUCUGCUUCGAAAAAUGUUGACCAACCGCUUAAGUCGGAUCCUGCCAAUGGAUCCCUAGAUUUGAUAGCUGUUCGGGAGGGCUCAACUCCGCCAUCUUCUCCGAAACCACCUCCAUCAAUUAGAAAAUCUUCGUCUCGUGCUCAUCUUGCUCAACCAAAAGCACCUCCGACUCGCGAGCUGCCUCCCACCCCCGUAGACCCAGAAUCUAUUCCCUUGCCUCCUUCGCCUCUUGAAGAUAUAUUUGACUCGGUAGAAAUUUUGUCUCGAGAGACAUCUCCGCUUUCUUUAAGCCCUGCAAAUAUCUCGCAUACAUCACCGGAUGAAGUCGAUCUGCAUCUUAGUUCGGCCCCGUCAGGUCUAUCCCCAACGCCACCUCGUGCCCUUUCGCCACCCCCGUCAUCUACAGACAAACAUUCCGAAGAAGGUGCGCAAGCCUCUCCGAAAUCGCAGAGCGAUAGUCGUCCGACUCGUCCCUCUGUUGUCAUCAACAGCUGUUCUGAUUCGGACGAAUCUGGAUCAAUCGCCACACCCUCACUCGACACGUCCUCACAGCUAACCUCAGAAUCAUCUCUCAGUCAUGCUGUACACAAGUCUAAACCCGUUCCGCUGGUGAAAACUUGGGCAAACGAACCAAGCGUGCCGGUCAUUGUCGAAAGCCCUAUAGAGGGACACACACUAGUAAAUUCAAUGGAUGAUAAUCCAAUCAAUGAUAUACCGGAGGAGGAAACAAAUCAUACGGGUGCUCCUUUGCUUCGAGUGGACCUGCACUCACCGAAUGAGAAGCGCAAGCCCCCUUCGGAUAAAGGGAGUACACUGUCUCCCAAGAUUUCCUCGGACAAACAAGCAGGUGGCAAGAUGAGCAGGUCGAACUCUUUAGCCAAUUUUCGACAAUCGGUUGUUAGCACUUUAUCUCGGAAGCCUAGCUCUUUCAAAAAACCGACCUCGUUCAAAUUCGACGGAAUGAAUCUUCCCCCCUCUCCGACAGUACCCGCUUCUCUGGCCGGUCAAAGUAUCAACUCUUCGAUGUCCACCCAGAGUGUGAAGUCGAAGGAUUCUCUUUCACAUACAGUGCCAGUACCGGUACCCCGGCAGGCACUCAGUCCUAAGAUCCACAGUCGGGGUAGUAUUCUGCUCGAGGCUAGUCAUAUUGAAGACGAGGAGACCAGAAGAAUGACGGAAAUGGCGUUCAUGGGGUGAACGGAUAUUUCCAUUUUGUUAUUCCUCGGUGAUCAGUGUGCCUGUACUCUCUUCUGCUCCCUGUAUCAUUAGCUUCACAAAACUGAUAUUCAUAUGGAUUCUACUUAUACCAUCCUCAUUCCUUUUUCCAUAGUAUAUUUACAUUCGAGCAUCAGAACUAUUCUUUCAUUUUAAGGCAAUAUCUUACUGUCCAGACUUCACACUCAUUGCUUACGCUAUACAACAUAAAGAAAAAAAACUGGAAUAAACCUCUCCGAAAUCUUGUUC